CUGCACAGUGUGAGUUCAAACUGAUUAAGUUAGUCGCCAGAUCAGCAACAGUAAAGCAGUUUGAACGGAAUGUGUAAGCAAGUUUAGGAGAUUAUUAUUCACUUUUUUGGAAGGAAGAGAGGAGAACUUGACCAGGUCAUCGACGUCAAAGAGUGUAAUGUUCUUAGUCGAGCAAUACAAGGAAAAACGUAGGGAGUAACUUGGAAGGUGAUUUUUCGCCGCUCGGUUAUAUCAUCUCACACCUGCUUAGUUAAGACGCCAAAAAAAUGAAAGGAAAAUCUUCGCUUGUGCCUUCAUCGUAGUACUGCAACGACAGACCGAAGAGUUGAUGUGAUGAUUUCUUACUAACGAGCGUGAGGACAGUUUUCUUGGGAAUGUUAGCACGAGGUCGAGGCAAUAUGGGGCGAGUGCAUCAGGGUCCAUGCUAAACGAGAUUGAGGGGCUGAUGUUCCAUACAAGGCUCACAAAAGCCCAUGUAUAUAACAGUAAAUGGUGGCGAAUGCACUUCCGGGCACUUGAAGUCGAGGGGCUUCCGUAAUGACGUAUUUUCUAUGACGCACGCAGAUUUACAUAGGGUUAUUUCAUGUGGAGUGUGAGCAAGCCUUAAAGAACUAUUAAGGACGUCCGAAAUGAAAUUUGUCGAAAGAUCCAAUGACCGUAGGCUUUGUUGAAAUCUCAUGAAGGUUUUUGUCGCGUAUGUUCUGAACAAAAUUCAGGUUGGCAAGGUGCCCCAUCUCGAAAACAGGACAAAACGCCACCAUCUUAAUGAACAACUCUUCUUCACAACAUGAAGGUAAUGAACAAGCAGCUGGUUCGCUGGUGGCGUGGAGCUUAGCAUACGGAUUGCUGGAUGUCGUCGUAAUACUUGGGAAUGUCAUAACGCUCCUUGUAUUCUUUAGGAAUAAAAAACUUUUGCGCACACGCGCAAAUUACUUCCUAAUAAAUCUAGCUAUAGCUGAUAUGAUGGUUGGUACAUUCGCCAUACCCAUGUACGUCUAUCAUUUGAUUUCCGCGUUGUAUAAUGGUGAAGGUGUCUGGAAACAGUUCAGUUCUAAGAUUUAUACGGCAGUUGAUGUUUUUGUCGGUUGUGCUUCAAUUUACACAUUAACAUUCAUCGCCUUGGAACGAGCAUUCUCUGUUUGUUUACCUCAGAUUCAUCGCCAUGCAAGACUAAAGACUUAUUAUGGACUUCUAGGCUUGAUAUGGCUGCUGUCUAUUUUGGUAUCCUGUUUGCGGUUUCUGUAUGAGACAGACCUCCUUAAAUUGAAAUUUUUCUUCUAUGUUAUGCUGGUUUUAUUCUCUAUCGCCCUCUUGAUAAUCUGUAUCUCUUACGCUGUAAUAUGGUUCAAAAUGAAGUUCCGGUUCGCCAAUAGAGAGGGAAACAAACGUAAGAGGGAACAGGACAAGCGACUCGCCAUUUUGCUGUUUAUAGUGACUGUGGUGUUCGGUCUCACGUGGAUGCCAUUUCAAAUCAUAAAUAUUUUGGCGUUUUUCUGCUACCCGUGUAGGAAAAUGUCAAUCGAUGGUGUCAAUUUUGCAAAGUUCUUGCACUAUGGCAACUCUUGUGUUAAUCCUAUAAUAUACUCCUUUUUGGUUCCCGAGUUUAGGAAGACUGUUGCCAGUAUUUUUAGAAAACUAAGAAACAAUGACGAAACUGGAAUUUCGACGUUUGAAAUGCAUUCGGCUAAAACGUAAGUAGGCACUUACUUAAUCUAGGUCAUUAUACGCACAGAUUUUACAUAGUGAUCGAGGGAGCUGGGGCGAUUAACAGCUGCAAUCUUUCAGUCCCGGGUUAGCAUUUGCAAAGGCCAGACUGGAUGUCAAGGUGUUGAAAAGUUUGUUCUCACAAGCAAUUUGCUUUGUCUGGUUCUUAAGAAACGUCUCAUAUCUCCGGCGUACACUCCGUUGCAAUGCAAACUUUAACUUUCCAACAGCGUCGGUUCUCCCAGACUUUUCUCGAAUUGUCGAUCAGGUAACUUGAUGCCUUACCCUCACCUGAAUGCGUCGUCAAGUUAAACGCUUACGCCCAGCUUAGAAAGCAAAUUUCGCCUCAAGCUUUUACCUUCUUUAUAGAAUUGUUAUUCAAUACUUGAAAGUUAGACUUUGAGUCUCUUCAUAUAUCAUUGCUUAAGAUGUCCCUGUCAAGUAAACAAAUUGAAUGUAUCUCAUCCACUAUUUUUAGCUAAGUAAUGAUUGUUCUCGAUGUAACUUCAAUUUUGAACGUCUGAAGAAUUCUUUUGACGAAAACACAUUCAACAAUUAGAAGCGAAAGCAGGUGAACAGAAUCGUCCGAAAAAUGCCGUUGGACCCGAAUCAGUGAAGUGACAAGUUAAUUUUAUAAUGAGUCUUUGUAUUAACACGUAACGAAUAGACCUUUAGAGCCAUCCAUCAUGAUUUAUUCAAGAUAAUCAGCUGCAAAAAACUGUUUGACCUGCUACGAAAUAUGUUGUUAGACAAAGGCACGAGGGCUUACAGACAGCAUUAGCUGCUGAGUUCGUCAGAAACACAUUAAGGAAAGUAAAGGUUUCGAAAAUGGAUUCUGAUAACCUUAUCUUUCUAUACGAUACAUUAGGCAAAUUAACACCUAGCACAAUGUAAAUAAAGAUUGUUAUAAAAA